AUGCCUACGUGGCUGCGGGGUGUUGUGGACUUAGGCCCCGGCAUAAGUGAAUAUCUGCGAAGCUCCUACAGAAACAUUCAGGAAGUAGAAGCCGCACGAAUACAAGAGGCCUACGACGCGGAGGAUGAAGGCGGCGCUUUCGAGUUUUCGGCGGCAUGGGGACCCGGAAAUGAGUCCCGCAAUCGCUACUCAGAUAUUGUUCCCUACGAUAGCACCCGGGUCGUCCUGAUGACGCCUUUAGAACCCGAAGAGUCCGACUAUAUAAAUGCUAGCCACGUACACGGACUGCCAGGAACGAUCCCCUGCAUCUUCUCUCAAGGGCCGCUUCCUGAGACAAUCGGCGACUUUUGGCAGAUGGUCUGGGAGCAAAACAGCAGUCUGAUUGUGAUGCUGACAAAGGAAGAAGAGCGGGGAAGGGUGAAGUGUAGCAGAUACGUUCCUGAAUCUGUUGGAGGAACUUUGACUUGCGCCAACCUCGGUGAGAUCCUGAUCAAAAUGGAGAGCGAAGAAUCACACUCCAACGGCGAAGUCAUUCUUCGGAGGUUAACGAUCUCAUCGGGAGGCAAGUCUCGAGAGCUGUGGCAGCUUCACUUUACGGCUUGGCCGGAUCACAGCGCAAGCAAUCCCGCAAGCGUCCUCUCCGUUAUCGACCUGUCCCGCGAACUUCAGAAGCAAGGCGCAAGCGCUGGGGCAACAGGACCGGUCGUUAUCCACUGCAGCGCGGGGUGUGGACGAACCGGCACAUUCUGCGCCAUCGACGGUGUUCUGCGACUGCUGGAGAAGACCAAAUCCCCUUCGGAUAUCGACGAAGAUAUCAUCAGGAAGACGGUCGAGAAGCUACGAGAAUCCCGCAUCGCCGCGGUCCAGAUGAUCGAGCAGUUCGCUUUCUGCUACGAAGCGGUCCUGUACAGACUGUUAGAGUGGCAGCAUGGCAUCGCACCGGGCCGACCAGACUGGAUCGCGCAGGCUCCAUCCAAGCUCACAUCUACUUCUCCGCCGGACGGUGCGACUCCGCGACUCGGCAACCAAGGCUUGAAUGGAUAG